CGCGUGGGAACCAAGGGGACCCAAAGGACUAUAAAGAGGACGUCGUCCCUCGGAUUCUCAAUUCAUUAUCAGCACACAGCAUCUUCUCUAGUCUUCACUUCACUUCCAAACCAGCCAGCUCAUUCUCUGCUUCUUUAGCAAUCCCACCAAAACAAUCAAAAUGAAGUUCACCGGUGCCAUCACUGCCUUCGCCAUUGUCGCUGCCGUCGCCGCCGCUCCCGGUGGCCUCGAGGCACGCACCGACAAGAUUGGCAGCAGUGCCAGCACCUGCUCUACUGGCUCUACCAGCCUGAAGUGCUGCAACACUUCCGCCCAGUCCUGCAGCAACCUCAACAAUGGCGCUAUUGAGAAGGCUGGUCUCGGCGGCCUCCUCAACCUCCUCAGCGGCAUUCUCCCGCUCGACCUCCUGAGCAACGCCCAGUUGACCCUCCUCAGCAAGAACGGCUGCGACAGCAACAGCCAGGUUGCUUGCUGCUCUGGCGCCUCCCUCGUCAACGUUUGCAGCCCCAUUAACGUCCUGUAAAUGCCUCGAUGCACAGUUGCUUCGUCUCCGAAGCAGUUGAGUAGCUGGCUGGUCAUUUUGCCCUUCUAGCCUUCAUAUUUUCAGUUACUGGUUUUGGCCUGCUAUGCGCUAGCCGUUCAUUCCUUUAAUAACCUGUAGUCUUUUCUUGAAUGUACGGAGGACGCGUAUACUUGGUCCUUGGGGAGCGGUGGAGGAUGUAGCGUAGUUUGCUUCUUGUCUGCUUAAUGCAACUUGCAUUGGGCCCAUAUCUCUGAU